GUUCCCUAAAUAAAUUUAUUUAUUUUUAAUAUCUUUGUGUAUUUUUCUAUCGCUUUCUUUUAUAUAGUCUGAUCGAUAUUAUUUCCAGUUAAAUCAUCUUUGAGCUGAUAAGGUUGAUGGUUGAGUCCAUUGCCUUUUCUCUUGUGAAGAUUAUAACAGGUCAGCUGGUACUUAGAUAUUACUUUUGAUUUUGAUGCUAUAAGGCAUUGUUAGAUAUAUCUGGAUAAUUGAUAAAUGGGGUCCGAAGGGCCUCCUGCAGUGACAAUUCAUGUGACGGGGUUUAAGAAAUUCCAUGGAGUUUCAGAGAAUCCAACUGAGACCAUUGUUGGUAAUAUCAAAGAGUAUAUGAAGAAGAAGGGAAUGCCAAAAGGUCUAAUUCUUGGGAGUUGCAGCGUUCUUGAGACUGCGGGACAGGGAGCGCUUGCUCCCUUAUACCAGAUAUUGAAAUCUGCCACUAGUGGGGGGAAUUCUGAAUCUUCAAACUCUGGAAGAGUUAUUUGGGUACACUUUGGAGUUAAUAGUGGUGCAACAAGGUUUGCCAUUGAGCAUCAAGCUGUCAAUGAAGCUACUUUCCGUUGUCCUGAUGAGAUGGGAUGGAAGCCCCAGAAAGUCUCCAUCAUUCCUGCAGAUGGCGAAAUUUCACACACACGACAGACUUCUCUUCCCGUUGAGGACAUUACCAAGGCCUUGGCAAAGAUGGGUUACGAAGUGAUGACCUCAGAUGAUGCGGGCCGGUUUGUAUGCAAUUAUGUUUACUAUCAUUCGCUUCGGUUUGCAGAGCAAAAUGGGACCAAAUCGCUCUUUGUGCAUGUGCCUCUCUUCUUGACUAUAGACGAGGAGACCCAAAUGCAGUUUGCUGCUGCCUUGUUGGAGGUACUUGCUUCUUUAUGUUAAUAUCAUCCACCCACAACCUUAUGUGCAGGAGCUCAUGUGCUUGUUCUGAUGUCUGCCAUUUUUGUAAAGGUGGAUGGAUGCAUUUCUAUUGAAAUGCUUUUAUAAAUAGCAAGUGUGUUUUAAUGGCAAAAUGACUCUAUGGCAGAUGUACUUGAUGUAUUUUGGUUAAUGCUUUUAAAAGGGUUUUGGCAACUCGCUGAAAUCUUGUGGCAAUUUGUGAAUGAACUGCCGGUUUACUUAAA